AUGGCAAAGCACAAUGACAGUCACUUCCAGCCAUUCAUCCUGAUGGGCUUCUCUGAUCGGCCUCGACUAGAGCAAGCCCUCUUCAUUUUUGUUUUGGUUUUCUACAUGCUGGCCCUGGUGGGCAACAUGGCCAUCAUCCUCCUGUCGGCACUGGACACCAGGCUGCACACACCUAUGUACUUCUUUCUGGGGAACCUGUCCUUCUUGGACCUCUGCUUUACCACAAGUAUUGUCCCCCAGCUGCUGUGGAACCUCUGGGGUCCAGAGAAGACCAUCAGCUACCAGGGCUGUGCAGCCCAACUCUAUAUCUACAUGGUGCUGGGCUCCACUGAGUGUGUCCUCCUGGCUGUCAUGUCCUAUGACCGCUACGUGGCCAUCUGCCGGCCCCUGCACUACAUGGCGGUCAUGCACCCCCGCCUCUGUCUGCAGCUGGUCAGCGUGGCCUGGUGCUGCGGCUUUCUGAACUCUUUCAUCAUGUGUCCUCAGACCAUGCGACUGUCCCGCUGUGGGCGGCGCCAGGUGGACCACUUUCUCUGUGAGAUGCCUGCCCUCAUCGCCAUGUCCUGUGAAGACACCAUGCUGGUAGAAGCCUUUGCCUUUGCCCUGGGGGUCGCCCUGCUCCUGGUGCCCCUCUCUCUGAUCCUUGUCUCCUAUGGCAUGAUUGUGGCCACCGUGCUGAGGAUCCAGUCAGCUGCAGGGCUCAAGAAGGCCUUCAGCACCUGCUCCUCCCACCUCACGGUGGUCUCCCUCUUCUACGGCACUAUCAUUUAUAUGUACCUGCAGCCGGCCAACAGCUACUUGCAAGACCAAGGCAAGUUCCUCACCCUCUUCUACACCGUCAUCACCCCCAGUGUCAAUCCACUCAUCUAUACUCUGCGGAACCAGGAUGUCAAGGGAGCAGCAAAGAAGUUCCUGGCAUGCAAAAAAGAGCACAGGGUAGAGUGA